UGAUCGCGUGAUCGAUCACGUGUCUUUGUGACACAUAUGUUGUAUGGCAAGGUCUCAGUGACACCGUGGACUCAAUGGCUAACUAGGUCUGCUGGUAAACACAUUAGGACUUGUUUCCGCGACCUACUCUCGGACAGCUGUGUACAGAUUUAUGAUGGAAAACUGGCAUUUUAACAGAGGCAAUGAAUACUCCACUGGAGGAACUAAGGAAUAUUUGUUGCACUGCCAUGCUACACCAAACCUAAUUCUUGGUAAAUUCCAGGCAAGAAAAGCUCAAAACGGGUUGCGAAGUGGCCGAUGUAGCGUCCCAGUCGUCCGUCCCAGUUUGAUGGUCUGCAAGUCCCAGUUCGGUGGUGCGGUCGCAAAGGUGACCGCACCACCAAAGUUCAAUUGUACCACCAAAGUUCAAUUGUACUGGGUUUCUAGUGCUGGUACGGUGGAAGAAUGCAUGAUGCUGGAGACGUGGAAGAAUGCAUGGUAGUGUGACGUGGU